AUGGAUUUAGAUUUUGAGCAAUUCCAACGAUACAUACAAUCGGAACACCAUCACGGUCAGAAGCACGAUUCGAAGUUGAAUGAGAAGGAGAAAGAACGGGGACAUGAGAAAAAUAAGGAUAAACAUAAUAAUAGGGAAGGUCAUAAGGAAAGAGAGAGGGAGAGAGAAAGGGACAAGAGUGCAGAAAAAAAGAAAAAGAAGAAGGAUGAGAAAAAGGAUAAGAAAAAGUAAAUAACUUAUUUUUAAAGAGGUAGAAGAUCAAGAUCAGCAUCAAAAUCAUCUAAGAAAAAAAAGAGUAAAAAAGACAAGGACAGAGAAAAGGAGAGGGAAUAACAACAACAAACAAUUACAACUUAGAUUUUAAUGACCAAUGACAUUUAGAAGAAAAGGGAAAUUGCUAAAUAAAGGAAAAUUGAAAUUAUGGAAGCAGAAAUAAGAGAGUUAGAAAGGAAAAUUGUUGAAGUGGAAAGAGAACUAGAAGAAGCUCAUAGAUAAGAUCUAACCGUUCUAAUGUAUUGUUUGCCACUAAAAGCAAAAGAAAAGCACAUAUAUUAGUUUUUCCAAACUGUAAAAUAUUUCAUGACUUUUUUAAGUUCAAUUGUGGCAAGAUCAGAGACAUCAGAAUCAUAAGAGAUCAAAAGUCAGGUAGAUCCAGAGGUGUUGCAUAUGUUGAGUUUUAUUAAGAAGAAUCUAUUCCCAUGGCUCUGGCUUUGAAUGAUAGAUUGUUCAUUAUGGAUGGCCAAUAAGUAGGAACAAUUCCAGUCAAAAUAUAAUUGAGUUAAGCUGAGAAAAACAGAGCUGCUAGAGAUCAAAAAAAUAUGCAAAUUAAAUAAAAUAAACUCUAAUCCAUCUAAGACUUACAAAAUAUGAAUGGUCCUGCAAGAGUUCAAAUCACAGGGAUGGCAGAACAACUCCAAAAAAUUAAUGAGGAAGACAUAAGAGAAGCUUUUGUGCCCUUUGGUACUAUUGACACUGUAGAAAUCCCCAAGGAUGAAUAAGGAAGGAUGACAGGAGUUCUUUAUGUAACUUAUGAAAAAGCAGAAUCAGCAAGAAAUAUGAUAGAAGUUAUUAACAAUCAACAAUUUUUAUUAAAUGGAAAACCCAUAAAAGUUCAAUUGGUUUCUGGAGCCAAUAAUUAUAUGGACUUAUAAUUGGAUGAUGAUUUGGUUUAGAAUCCUGUGAUGAGAAUCACAUUAAUGAAAAAGUUAAUGGAUGACAAUUUAAUUGAUAAUGUAAGCGAAUUAUAUAUAUAUUUUGAAUAGAUCAAUCUACCUCCUUUGAUGUCGUAAUUAGGUUUAACUGUUCAAAGAAUCUUAAACAUUAUACAAUCUCCUAAUCCCUCUUUAGGUUGUAUAUCUGGUUGGAUGCCUCUUAAGCACAAUCCACCGGCAUGUCCAUGCAUCACCAAGGUCAUUGUAUUGACCAACAUGUGGACUGAUUUAGAAAUCUCUAAUCAAGCAGCAAUUGUAGAACUCAAAGAAGAAGUUGAAAGUAAUUCAGAUAUAUUAUAUUAUAGAUGAAUGCAAAAAGUAUGGGGAUGUUGAGAUGGUCUGGGUUGAUAAAAAGAAUGAAGGAAAUGUUAUUGUUGUAUUCAAAUAAUGGGAAGCUGCUAAAUAAGUAAAUGUAUUAAUGAACAACAGAAAAUUCGGCAAUAAAGUUGUUUAAAGUUAUUUCAUUACAGAAAGUCAAUUCAUGAGCAUCAUCAAAUGA